AUGCAUCUUGCAAACAUUGUUGCUGCCGGCCUUGCUCCUGCCAUGGCCACCGCCCUCUCCCCCUCACUCUCUUACUUUGUAGUCGAAUGCGUUUACUCCACACUUCCUGAUCCAGGUGCCACAUGCUCGAGCCUUGCCAGCAGCUGGGAUCUCACCGUUGACGCCCUUCAGCAAUUGAAUCCGGAUAUCAGUUGCCCAGGCCUCGACCUGAGCAGGUCCUACUGUAUAAUUGGCACUGUCACUGAAGACACUUACGAACCUAGCACCACGCUGACAACGACAACGUCGACGUCGACGUCAAUCCGCACCACUACAACAAGCACGACAGCAGCCACUACUACUAUUACUUCCCCUAGCAACUCCCCUACCAUGCCUGGAAUUGCAGAAAACUGCGACGGGUUCUACCAGAUCUCAGCCGGAGACCAAUGUCUGACUAUCGCCGCCAAGCACAGCAUCACCAUGGACCAGCUGAAGAGCUGGAAUAGUGCAGUCAACAAUGACUGCACAAACCUCUGGCUGGAUUACUACAUCUGCGUGCACGUCCCCAGUGCAUCGACCACUGAACCCACUGGUCCUGGUACCACGGAUGAGUCCGAGGUGCCCACCGGACCGACGCCCCAGAUGCCGGGUAUUGUAUACAACUGCAAAUCCUAUUAUUUGAUUGAGAGCAGGGAGAGCUGUUGGUCAAUUUACACGGGCGCUGGAAUCACCUUCGAGCAGUUCCGGCUGUGGAAUACGCAUGUUGAUGCUGCUUGUAGCAAUUUGUGGCUCGGGUACUAUCCCAGCUCUCAGUGA